GCCGAACUGUGAUCACAUCAAAAAGUUUCUCUUUAAACAGAACAACAAUGAAAUUCUUCAAAGUUCUCUCCUUUGCCGUCUUCGUCUUGGCCUGUUUGGCCUUCCACUCGGCCACUGCUCGUCCAGAGUCGGUAGUUGGAGCAGCUGGUCAACCUGAUCCUUUUGGCCGUGUCCCAGUAGUUUCCUGCGAUUUACUCAGUGCCUGGGGUGUCAAAGAUUCGGUGUGUGCCGCUCACUGUUUGUUGAUUGGAAAGAGUGGUGGAUAUUGCGACGGCAGAGCUAUUUGCCGUUGUCGUUAAGUUUUCGAUAGAAUAAAAGAUUUAUGAACAAACAACAAUAAUAAAGGCAUAAUAACAACAA